AUGGCUGCGGAGACUGUGGUCGUCCCCAGUGACUCUGGGUCCUACCCCGUUGCUGUUCAGGCUGUGCAAGUGGCAUACAGUGCGUUGGAGACCAGUCUUCGACGCCAUACGCUUCUUAGCCUACUCCUGAUGGCGCUGCUGGCCUUCCUUAUUGUGUUGGUCAUCAAGAAUACUAUUCUGAGUCCCCUUCGUGCAAUUCCUGGGCCAUGGCUGGCCGGUCUGACAUCUUGGUAUGAGUUCUACUACGACGUGGUUAAAAACGGCACCUACGCCCACCAGCACUCCAAAAUGCAUCAGAAAUAUGGCUCGACCGUGAUCCGAAUCUCGCCAAACCACGUCCAUGUGGCUUGUCCAGAGUUCUUUCGCACGCAAGUUCUCCCAGUUAAGCCCUAG